CUCUCCUUGAGGGCGGGAUCUGGGCACGAGCCAUGUUCUCUGAUCAUGAUCGAGCUUACGACACUCUCUCACAUGAUAGUCACAUACGGCGUGAUGUUUAGCACGUGACUGACCCACACGUACGUUUGAAACAUCCCCUUACGUAUAUAACAUGUGUCUCCAACGUACGUUUACGUGUCUUGAACGUAGUCCAUACGCGCGCGCACGAGACUUAGUCGCACGUACGUAUAUACAUACAAUGCGUGGGUCACAUGUGCGUUCGCGGACCGCUGUAUAUACCUGCGGGGUGGCGCAUGUCCCUUGCCUUAGUGAACUGCCGGAGUGAUGCUUGGAGUUUUUUUAAUUUCGUUAACUACCUUUUUGAUCCUCCUAUUACUGUUGAGAUGGCGGUGUGAACGUGGAGAAGGACGGGUACUUGUGGUCGUACUCGGGGACAUGGGGAGGUCACCCCGCAUGCAGUAUCACUGUCUGUCUCUUUUGAAAGCCGGGUAUUCAGUGGAAUUCGUUGGAUAUGGAGGUCAACCGUCAACACUGAAGUAUUUUUUAAAAGUUACUUUCCAAACAUGCAGUCUAUUAUGGGUGAUGUUACAAAGAGCACAGAAGUCAUCCAAUGUUAUUUUGCAGGUACCUCCAUCUAUUCCUACAUUAUUUGUGUGUGUGCUUGUGUGCUGUUUACGAAACUCAAGACUCAUUGUUGAUUUUCAUAACUAUGGGCACACACUUCUUGCUCUAACACUUGGAAGCAGACACCCACUUGUGGGGAUAUCUCGUAGGUAUGAUGAGGUUUUAAGUCGGUUUGCUCACUCUAUCAUCUGUGUGUCAGUGGCCAUGAAGAGAGAUUUGGAUGAAAGACUUGGUGUCAGUGUUACGGUGUUUCAUGAUAGACCGCCAAGGAGGUUUAAACGAGCCGAUUUAUACCAAAAGCACAAGUGAGCGCCAAGGGAGACGACGACGCCUUACCGACGUGAGAGAGGGACCUAUCUGGUGCGCGCACGACUACCUUCUGUAUCAACUAUCUUCUCUACCCGAGUGAGCGCUCUUUUUUUAAAACUUGGUGAGGAAAACCCAGCAUUUCAAGGCGUUUGCGAGGAAAUGACAAUAUUCACUGAAGUGAUGGAUGGAAAAGUAAGGAUGCGGAAUGACAGACCGUUUCUUCUCAUCAGUAGCACAAGUUGGACAAAAGACGAGGACUUUGGCAUCCUGUUGGAAGCAUUGGAUGAGUACAACAGAGCUGCUUGUGAUACUACUAACAUGUUGCCCAAAGUAUUUUGUGUCAUUACUGGAAAGGGACCCUUAAAAGAAUAUUAUAUGAGAAUCAUACAAUCAAAGAACUUCUCUUGUGUGACGGUAUGCACUAUUUGGUUAUCGGCCGAGGACUAUCCUGUUCUUUUGGGUAAGUCAUUGCUACGUAUGUUUUUACAAAGUCUUGGCCAUCAAUAAUUACUUGACUGGAUCGGUGGACUCGACUGGUCCACUGGACUCAUAUCACCACACCUAUAGCCCUACUGAUUGUUUCAGCAACGACUAGGAUUGCUCCACGAGCCCUCGAAAGAGACCUUAUCUUCUUUUUGCAUAAUCUGCAGUCCAAACAUGCAACUGUCUGGGCAUAGCCUUUUCACCAUGGGAAGAGAGAGGUUGUGUGCCUGCUCCACUCCGUUGUUAUAAGCAAAGCAACCAAGCUUAUGGAACUUGCCAAACUGUGAAUCUGCGGAGACAAGAUGCAGUUUAAUAUUGGCUGAACAGGCCAGUGUGUGGUUCGGUUGACCUAGUCCUUCCAGAAACAUUGCAGAUGCUGUGAGUAGGGCCAUGAAAGGUGCAAUUUCGAAGCCACCGAGUCCAGUCAACCCGUCUAGUCCAGUGUUUGUUGUAUGUGCAACUCCAUAAUUGUUUUCAAUGCUGAUCUGCUUGCUCUGUUUAUACACCUUGGAGGCACAUUAAGCUACAACGAGGGGCGUGUAUUGAUUCCUCAAGUCUCUACUACUUAAUUGAAAUGUUGAGGAAAGGUAGGCAGCGAUUCUCAGCAAUCAUCUCUUAGUAGGGCAGUAGCGCCUUUCCUACGCCAACCACGUACCUCCAUAGUCCCUUUGCAAGCAGUAGAUGUCGCAUCAGGAAAUUCCAGCAGGUUCCAAUAAAAAUAUCUCUGAAGUUGCAAGCAGUAGCUCUCAUGAGCUUCCAAUGAUGUCGAUACAGUUCUCAGAGUCCUGGCUAGACAACAUUAAGAACAGCAGUGAAAUGGGCGAGUGAUACAUAACUCAUGAUGAUUAUAAUCUUUCAACAGAAAAUACUCCCCGGUUUUCCUAAGGCAGACAGGUUGGUAAAAGGGGGUUUCCGUCCUCUCCGCAAAAGAUGAGUUUGUGCAUCUGUCUCCUUCCUUUUCAACUUCAUCCUAUUUGCAGUCAUCAUUAGCUACUGAUAGUGCAUAUUGCUGUAUGGUUUCUGUGGUUGGAUGGGUAUUUAUCAACAGAAUGCCAUAGGCAUAAGGGUGAGUAGCUCCACAUGUUACACACUCAGUGCACCUGCAUCCUAUUUUGUAAAAAGGUGUUUCAAAAUCUUCCAAAUGUUGCUACUGGUAAUAAAAUCCCUUUACUAAAGUUUAUGAUGAUGUUCUAGAGGUCAGGGAACCAAACUGGAUCUCAUAGACUUGACUUUUCAGUGUCUGCAUCGCGGUUGCACCACACAGCCCAUACUUAUUAUCAGCAUGCAGCAAAUCCACACCCAUAGGGGUGGGAAGUGAGAUAA